CUCUGGUCACACUGUUCCCAUCUGUAAAAGAAAACAGAACGCUCCGGCGUUAAGAAAAUAAUUAAAAAUUCAUCCCCACAGGAAUAUGGUUCGUGGAGCUCUCCGAGGUGGCCGCCCCAUGCGCGGCGGCAUACGUCCGCCGUUCAAAAAGACAUUCGUGCCCCGCCACCCAUUCGAUUUGACCCUGGCGGAGGUCUUUUUUCCCAAAGUGCCAUCCGCCGGCGCCGUUGACGAUUCUGCUUUGACUGCGGCGCUGCUGAAGCGUAACCAGGACUUGAGCCCCACUCCCAGCGAGCAGACUGCCAUUGGGAAUCUAGUGACCAAGGUGCAGGCUGUCCUAGACAAUCUGGUGGUUGCACCCGGUGAUCUGACCACUUGUCAACUGGAGGAGGUGCGUCAGGUUGGUUCCUUUAAGAAGGGCACCAUUCUGACCGGCAACAAUGUGGCCGACGUGGUGGUUAUCCUCAAAACGCUGCCCACCAAGGAGUCCGUUGACGCGCUGGCCAAAAAAGUCGAGGCCGACCUGAAGGCCAGCAUGAAGACUGAAGUUCUGACCAAGGGCGAUCAGCACACCGUACAGAUCCAUGAGCGCGGCUUCGACAUCGCCAACGUGCAUGCCAAGGUGCGCAUUUUGAUCGCCACCUUGCCGCAGAAUCUGCGCAAGCUGGAGCCGGAGAUACAUUUGGAUCACAAGCUGAUGCAGAGCCAUCUGGCUGCCAUCCGCCACACGCGCUGGUUCGAGGAAAAUGCCCACCACUCCUCGAUAAAGGUGCUCAUUCGUAUUCUCAAGGAUCUCACCAGGCGCUUCGACGCCUUUUCGCCAUUGUCGGCCUGGAUGUUGGAUCUUAUCGCCCAUCUGGCCAUCAUGAACAACCCAUCGCGUCAGGCACUGCCCAUUAAUCUGGCCUUCCGUCGCGUCUUUCAGCUGCUCUCCGCCGGGCUAUUCCUGCCCGGCUCGGCUGGCAUCACGGAUCCCACCGAGCCUGGACACAUUCGGGUGCACACUGCCAUGACAUUGGAGCAGCAGGAUGUGUGCUGCUACACGUCACAGACGCUGCUCCGCGUGCUGGCCCACGGCGGAUACAAACACAUUUUAGGCCUGGAGGGCAACACCAGCAUUGUGCGCGAAAUGUCCGUCUGGAACGGCGUGUGCGUGUCCCCUCUAACCGCUGUCUACGAGAAGCCAACGGACAAAAAGGAGGGCGACCUCGAGGAGGACAUCGAGAUGAUCGAGAAUGAAAACGAAGAUGAAGGCAGCGACGAUGGAGCCGAGUAAUGCAGCUCCAGCUAUUCAUUUACAAUUGUAUUUAAAUUCCACAUCAUGUACUUUUUCAAAACCCAUGAUUCAAUUAAUUAUGCUACUCCCAUAUAUGGGUUCAUCCUCACCAA